GACCUGCGCGGGGUCUGAGGGAGGGAGCGAGCGAGCGCGGGAGCCAGGCAGGCAGGGCCGGCUGGCCGGCCGGCGGAGUAGGGGAGAGGCGGCAGGCAAAGAGGCGGCUCCUGGUGCUGCUGCUGCUGCUGCAACGGGGGCGCCCCAGUCUCCACCAGCACCCCCCUCCCCGGGAGAGGCCGCGACUCUCCGGCCUGGCGGGCCCCCAGCCCCCCAUCCUCUCGGCCAUGCCGAAUAAAAAGAAGGAAAAAGUGAGCCAGGAACCUCCAAAAGCAGGCAAAAGUGGGAAGAGUAGCAAGGAUGUGCAAGAUAACCUGGACAUUGAGCUUGCCAGCAAAAAGUCAAACAGCGUUCCACCUGCCACACAAUUAUCUAAAAUCAAAGUACCUCAACCGCAGACUGCAGCGAAGAAAGAAAAACGGCAGAGUUCUUCUAGGUUUAGUAUUACCAGUAGCAGAGAACUCCAAAAACUGCCAGCUUUAAAAGUGUUGUUUUUUGUUUAUCCUAAUGAUGUUACUUUUUUCUCCUUGAUUCAGCUGGCAUACUGUGUAGUUCAGUUUUUAGAAAAGGACAGCACACUCACUGAGCCAGUGGUGAUGGCACUACUCAAAUACUGGCCAAAGACUCACAGUCCAAAAGAAGUUAUGUUUUUAAAUGAAUUAGAAGAAAUUUUAGAUGUUAUUGAACCGUCUGAAUUUGUAAAGGUUAUGGAACCUCUCUUCAGGCAGCUAGCCAAGUGUGUCUCCAGUCCACACUUUCAGGUGGCAGAACGAGCACUGUACUACUGGAAUAAUGAAUAUAUUAUGAGCUUAGUCAGUGACAAUACAGCAAAGAUUUUGCCCAUCAUGUUUCCAUCCUUGUACCGGAAUUCAAAGACGCACUGGAACAAGACAAUACAUGGUUUGAUUUAUAAUGCUCUGAAACUCUUCAUGGAGAUGAACCAAAAACUGUUUGAUGAUUGCACACAGCAAUUUAAAGCAGAAAAACUUAAAGAGAAGCUAAAAAUGAAGGAACGGGAAGAAGCGUGGGUUAAAAUAGAAAAUCUAGCCAAAUCAAACCCGCAGGUAUAUGGAAAAUAUUCAGAGGUUGAGUAUUUCAGCUUUUUAUUAAAUACUCCUGCAAGGAUAGGGGGCAUACCAGAUGUUACAUUUUCCAUACUUGCUUGGAGCGUGCAAGGAAACUAGUAGAAUAGAUUUAAUGGAUUUGAGAUGAUGUUUUUCAUUUUCACUUUUUAAUUUCUUUUCUUAGUCACUUCUCUAUAAAAUAGGACCAAAGUGGCUUACAAUAAUUUAAAAACAAAUCAGUAAAACUAGCCAGAUAUCAGGAUAAAACUAUAUUAAAAUGACUUCAGUUGGCAGUUAAUAGUGCAAUAAAAGUGUCUCUGCAAGACAGUCCAGACAAAACCCAAAUUACGAAAGCCAAUUAAACAAAAUGCUUGGGGAAAGAGCUAAAUUUUCACUUAGCUUCUAAAACAUAAAAGGAUAAACAGAUAGCUUUGGGGAGUACGUUCCUUGAGGGAUACCAAAUCUCACACAGCAGCCUUUAUUACAUGGCUAAUUAAUACCAAAUGGAGUUUUCAUUUCCUAAGAACAGUAGCUGCAUUAAAAGGAGGACAUACUAGUUAUGAGACUCACUUUGUUUGGACUCCUUUCACACAGUAGCCCUAUACACGGGUUACAGUGAACACACAUAUAUCACACAUGUACAUACAGACAUCUGUAAGGCAGAGUCAAUGCAGGUUCACUUUAAAAAUGAAAUGGGGGGCAGGGAGUGGCAGUCCCUGGAAAAAUGAGCAGUUCCAUUAAUACAUGCAGCUGUACAUGUGGUGACUAUAACAUCAGAAUUAUUUUAUGCACAUGUAAAGAAAAACCCAGUUUGCACAGAUUGUACGUGCAUUGACUACAACCUGUGAACAGGACUAAAGCUGGACAAAGUCAGAGUGCAAUAGAUGGUAUGCAGACUCCAGUGAAGCGCAGGGAAGCAGCGAAAAGCUGAAACACCCCAGCCGCCUGAAACCCCCCUAUAGGGCUCAACGGAGUUAUGCCACCCAAAAGGGUCGUGUAAGUCCUUCAGCUGUCCCACUGGCAUUCCCAGGGCCAAAGCCCGGUGGAAACCGACUAGCAUCAGCCCCACCUCUGGGAACGCCCCUGGAAUGCCCCCAGCUACAUCGCCCUCCAUAUUAGGCAUACGCAGCUGUGGAGUCAGCAGCAGCAAGCAAGUUAGGCCCGCAGAGCUCCACAGAACCUGCCUCCCAAUUUGCCCUCCUGGCCAGUAUAAGUGGCACUUGGCCGGCCAAGAGGGCAAACUUGUCAGUGCAAGCCUAUGCCACCUCCUGUGGCUGUUUCGCCCCGCCCCCAAUCUGGAUUGGGCUGCCUGUCUGGGGCCUUCUCCAAGCCAAGCAGAUUCUUUACCACUAAGCUAUAGCCCCUCCCCGUUAGACAUAUGUGAUGUUGGAUUUGGCUAUAUAAUGAGUUCCAAUGAUGAUGUAAGUACUUGUAAAAUAUGGCAUAAAGGUUUCUAAGGAGCUGCCUUUUUCUUCAUUUAUGUUUUGUAUACAAGUACUCAUAAAAGCAAUUGUUGAAAUCAUUUCUGAUACAGACUUUCCUCAAUUCUAAGAAAAGUUAGUCAGCAUUGGAAAUGUAUUGUCUCUGGGAAGUACAGAAUUUUCAGGCUUAAUAAAUGUCUGUUGUACGGUUCUCUUAUAAAGCUGGAAACGUUAAAUAAUUUUGAAAUUGGCGAUUGCUGGGAAUUCCUUGUUAGAGGACCUUAGUUUGAUAGAACUAAAAUUCUUAGAGGCUUUGUUUGGGAGCUAUAACACUUAAACAAGUUUACGGUCUUGCUUUAAUAUGUAUCAUGGACUGUGCCACUUGUUGGAAGGAGCAGCUUUUUUUCACUUUUGUUGAAUGGUAGCCAGAUUCUGUGUUAAUCUCCAAGCACAUUUUAAGGCAGAAAGGUGUGUGUUCUAAUUAUUACCUUUUUCACUGUCAUGUUUUUCACCGAAUCAGUUGGCAGAAUUUUUUUGGCGUCGUAAUUACACCAAAUCUGUCCCAAUGCAAAGCGUUCCUGGUUGUUUUUUUACAUCAGGAAGUAGGUAAGCUCUGGCAUGCAUUCCAGACAGCAGGGCAGAAUUAUGCUUAGCGCAUAGGACUAAUUUUCUGUCUGAGCAACCAAGAGAAGGUCCCUAAAAUACUGGCGGCCCCCUGGGACCAGCAGCGUGGGAGAAGGCAACAGACUUGCUUCCUCCCCCAAGACCUGCCCAGCCCCCGACAAGUCUGAGGUGAAUCUGGAGGGGGUGUUAGUUCUGCUUUAGCCACAGGUGUCAAACUUGUCCCCCUCCAGAUGUUAUGGA